AUGGGGUUUUGUGGAUCAAAGAGCAGUACCUCCAGCAAGGAGGGUAAGUCUUCCCAGGACCGCAAGGUUGCAUGGGAGCGUAUCCGGCAGGUAAUUCCCCGUGAAAAGACACCUGAGGCGAAGCAGCGACGCAUCGACUUGUUUAAGAAGUUCGACAAAAACAAUUCUGGGAAGCUGUCUUAUGAUGAGGUGUAUGAAGGUUGUUUGAAUGUGCUGAAGCUGGAUGAAUUCACUACACGGCUACGGGACAUCACGAAGCGUGCGUUCAACAGGGCAAAGGACAUGGGUAACAAGGUGGCGAACAAGGGUUCUGAGGACUUUGUUGAAUUCAUGGAGUUCCGUUUGUUUCUGUGCUACGUGUACGACUACUUUGAUUUGAUGGUGAUGUUCGAUAAAAUCGACACCUCCGGCAACAUGCUGAUUGAUGAGAAGGAGUUCAAGAAGGCCGUGCCGAAGCUUGAAAAGUGGGGUGCUAAGAUCGAUGAUCCCAGC